AUGCCACUCUCAUCAGCCGAUCCCAAAUUUCGAGUAGCAAUCUGUGGUGCAGGCAUAGGAGGGCUUGCUCUCGCUGUCACAAUCGGAAAGUUUGCAAAUCAGGAUAUCCAUAUAGACUUGUAUGAAGCGCAUGAUGCUACCACGACUGGUGGGGCUGGAGUUGUACUCUCGAGUCGUACAAUGGAAGUCAUGAAAGAACUCGACAUGUACGAAGAAAUCUCUCGCGUUUCGACCAAACCCCCUUCUUCCAGUCAUGCGCUAAAAGUCAGGAGGUCUGAUAUGCCACAGGGUGGUUUUGAAUGGCUUCAAUCACCCCCCACAGUCUCAUCUCAUAUGAACCAUCAGCAUCUCGUGGAAACCCUCAAGCAAAACCUCCCAUCGUCGUGCAGCCUUCACUUUAAUAAACGACUCACUCGAUAUGACAAGCAGUUAUCAGGAUCACUCAUCCUUCACUUCGCUGAUGACAGCACCUCAGCUACGGACGUGUUAAUAGGAGCAGACGGUAUCUACUCCUCAGUGCGGAAGACGUUUUUUGAAACAUUAGACGAGGAUGUCAUAGACCCAAGUAAGAUAAGACACUACGUUGAUCCAUCUUGGACCGGAACGCUCGUCUAUCGCACUGUAUUUCCGGCAAAGAAGCUCUCGGAACUGGAUCCAGACCACAUAGCCUUGACGAAUUUCAUUAUAUUUUGCGGAAAGAGAAAGCACGUCGUUUCAUACCCAGUUUCACAAGGAACGCUGAUCAAUGUUGUGGCACUUGUUACCGAUGAGGACAAAGCUGGCACACCUUUUGAGGGCCGUUGGGCUUCAUCUGUGUCGCAUGAAGAGGUUCAGGAAUCAUAUCAGGACUUUGAAUCCGCUGUUAAAAACCUGCUGAAAUGUUUCGAAAACCCUUCAAGAUGGGCGCUUCAUGUAGUAAAUGAAUUGCCGUUAUCUGCUUACGACAGGGUUGCCUUGAUAGGUGAUGCGUGCCAUGCGAUGACACCCCACUUUGGCGCCGGAGCUGGCCAGGCGAUAGAGGAUGCUUUUGUGCUUGGUCGCCUUCUUGCUCAUCCACUCACAACAUUAGAUAACUUACCCGCCGCGCUGAAGGCAUACCAGGACGUUCGCCUCCCAUUCGCUCAAUUUGUAGCACGGGAAUCGGAACUUAGAGGACGUAUGUGGGACUUUGAGCUGUCUAGUACAGCUGGAGGAGAAGUGCAAGAAGAGUUGGAGAUCCAAAAGGAGAAGCUCUUAGCCCAAUGGGAAUGGGAAGGCAGGGAUAGGCCUGUCGCCGAAUGGUUGGAAGCAGAAAGGAAAUUGCAGGAAAGCAUAGGCGUGUCGAACGGGCUAUUAACGUGAAAACGAUGUAUCACUAGUAUCAGUAUUUUCUCCCCAAGUUCUACUAUACGUAAUGACCAUUGACUAUGUCCACGAUAAACCUUAUGACAUAGACUACUAAAGUGGCUAA